AUGUAUAAAGGCCCUCUAGAUCUAGGCCCCAACAGAGCCCAGAGGCUGUGGCCCAGACCCAUCCAGACCCAUGGCUAAACCUGCUGUCCAAAGCCCCGUUAGGCUGAUGGCCCUACAGCUGCUGCUCUGGCACAGUGCACUCUGGACGGUGCAGGAAGCCAGUCCCCUGGGCCCUGCCAGUUCCCUGCCCCAGGGCUUUCUGCUCAAGUGCUUAGAGCAAGUGAGGAAGAUCCAGAAUGAAGGUGCGGCCCUGCAGGAGAAUCUGUGUGCCACCUACAAGCUGUGCCACCCUGAGGAGCUGGUGCUGCUGGGGCACUCUCUGGGCAUCCCCCGGACAACCCUGAAUGGCUGCCCCAGCCAGGACCUGCAGCUGACCAGCUGCUUGAGCCAACUCCACAGAGGCCUCUUCCUCUACCAGGGCCUCCUGCAGGCCCUGGCUGGGAUAUCCCCUGAGUUGGCCCCCACCUUGGACAUGCUGCAACUGGACGUUGCUGACCUUGCCACCACCAUCUGGCAGCAGAUGGAAGACCUGGGAGUGGCCCCUGCCCUGCAGCCCACCCAGGGCGCCAUGCCCACUUUCACCUCUGCCUUCCAGCGCCGAGCAGGAGGUAUCCUGGUCACCUCCCAUCUGCAGAGCUUCCUAGAACUGGCAUACCGUGUGCUCCGCUACCUCGCCCAGCCCUGAGC